AUGUUUUUGAAGUAUGCUGUGAGGCGUCAGUGUGACCAACACUUGCACAUAUUUAAAACGAGGUGGCAUUCACAGGAUGCGAUCAUGAAGUGGGAAACUUUGCGGCGGCAUGACACGGAAUCAAAGCAGCGAGAGGAAUUGAUCAGCACUCUCCUCAAGGAGCUCAAGGGAGAUCUCACGCGCAUGGCGGCCUCCAAGACUGGUUCGCGCGUCCUGCAAGCUUGUGUGAAGCAUGGCAACCCUAACCAGAGAGCCCAGAUCCUGGAAGAGCUCCAGCCCUCUUUUCUAGAGCUGUCAAAGAGCCCCUAUGCCCAUCACUUGGUGUGUAAGCUGAUUGACACAGCGCCAAAAUCAGCAACCGAAGGCUUUCUCAAGGCCUUCAAGGGCCAGGUGGUCAAACUGUUGCGCCACCCAUGCGGCUCGAGGGUCAUCAACGAGCUGUACCUACGCGCUUCAGGCAAGCAGCGCACAGUCCUGGCAGCUGAGUUCUAUGGCAGGGAGAUGAUCCUUUUCAGCCAGGAUGCUGCUCCCAAAAAUCUUGCGGAGACCCUGAGCAGCAUGGAUGACACGGCCAAGUACAAAGUGAUGCAGCAGAUGAGCAUCAACCUUAUUCCAAUCAUGGAGAAGGGGCUGCUUGACCCCGUCAUAGUGCACGGGCUUGUGGCAGAGUACAUGGAAGCGGCCCCAGCCAGUGCUGUGGCAGAUGCUGUGGAGAUGCUGGCUGGGCCCAAUCUGCUGCACAUGGUGCACUCGCACCACGGCGCCACUGCUGCAUGCCAAGUGCUAGCCAUGGCCACCGCCAAGCAGCGCAAAAAGGUCGUCAAGGCCAUGAAAGGUAGGCAUGUGAAGGUCAUGGCAUGUGAUGAAUGGGCGCACAUUGUUGUCAUGGCUGCGCUGGAGCACACGGAUGACACAGCCCUCCUCCGCAAGACUUUGGUCCCUGAAUUGCUGGGGGAUUUGGAAGAGCUUUGCCAGCACAAGGUUGCGUGCCAGAUAUUUCUGCACCUCCUUGCCCCCAGCAGUCGUGCAUAUGUGCCACCACAUGUUUCUGCCCUCCUCGCUCCUCACCACGCUGCCGUGACCGCCAGCAAGCCUGCUUCGGAAGCCACAGCAGCGACUACCGAUGAACCCAGCGAGGAAAGCCCAUCAGGGGUGCCUGGGUUCAGCAAGAAGGAUGCAGGGUUGAGGCGGCAGGAGCUUCUUGGCAGCGGCAAGGGAUCCCUGGCCACAGAGUUGACGACAGUAUGCGCAGCCAAUGCGACAAAGCUGCUGCUCAAUCCGAAAGGAUCUGACUUGCUGGUGGAGGCCGCAUGUGGGGCCGAAGGAGGUUUACAGUCAUAG